UUCAUCGGCACAGGUCUUUGCCACAGAUUAUACGCAAAUAAAAAUAAAACGUAAAAUUGUUAAAUUUUUAAUAUAAAAGAUCUAACACAACCAACACAGUUAAUAAUAAACACAAACGAAAAAGAAAUUAAAUAUUAAAUUAAACGAGAAAAAGUAUAAGUUAUUUUAAAAGAAAACAACGAAAUUCCUUUGCAAAUAUUUGUUGUAUAUGAUAAGAAAAACUACAAGAAAAAAGAAAAAAAACGGAAGUGAGAAAAAAAUUGUGAAAAGAGACAAAGAAGGAAUUUAUGCAAUAUUUAUUUUUUACAUAUACAAUGUACAAGUGAAUAUUUUUAAACAUAUAGAACGAAAAGUUAUUUUAAGACAAAUAAGAAAACUAUAAGAUUUAUAGUUUUACCAAUAAAAGAAAAGAAGAGCUUAACAAAAAUCCUAAAAUAGAGAUUGUUUUAAACGAAAUUCCUACGGUCACAACCACCACCCAAUAAAAACAUACAAUACAACCACUUCAACCCAGCCAGCCAGCAGCAGCAGCACCUACCCCACCAUCAUCAGCACAACCUUUUACCUUCAAAAUACCUUUUAUGGAAGAUAUACCCGGUCGUAUAAUUAUUACUCAUCAUACACUUGUGUUUAUUGUGUUUUUUAUAAACAAAAGAAAUAAGAAUAACAACAAUUGAAUAUAAAAUAUUAAUAAUAUGCAGAUGAAGAAUUUUCGCUAAAAAUAACAAUAAUUAUUGUUAAAAAAUAUACCUACUGUGCAUAAACUGUUUUACAAAUAAUUUUUGUUUUAAAGUUGAAUCAAGAAGAACAGCAAGAAAUUUACGAAUAAAAAAUGUCGGACUUUGUGACACAAGAUAUGUUACCCGAACUAUGGAAUGAAAUUGUAAAAAGGCAUUGGGCUUAUUUUGAUACCGAAGAAAGUAUAGUAAAGUUAGAGAAACGCAAACAAUUAGAAGAUUGCUUAAAGGAAUUUUUAUGCAUAGUACAACAUGAUCGUAAAUUCUUUUUACCCGAAACAGCAAAAGUAUUAAAGAAUUCCAUAAGGGAUUUAGAGGAUUUCAGUGCCCAAAAAGCCAUAACUGCUUUCGAGUCGAUUAGUCAAUAUGCUAAUAAUUUAUUUACAAAACCAUGGCGCAAAGAGUUUCGUAUUUUAAAGAUGUAUUCGGGUUUCUAUCAACAUGAAAUUAAAUCGAAUUUAUUAGAUGCUGAAAAAUUAUUUGAAGCCAUGGGCUAUCGCCGUUUAUCGGAUGACACCUUAAUCUUGGAUGGACCCAUUUGUCCGGAUCAAGUUACAAAUGUUUCUCGUGACGCUAUGACGGCUUAUGUUGAGUUGCAAAUAAUUAAACACAUUUAUACAGGUUUAGAUACUAUAGGAAUUAAUUGUUCCUGGAUGGACAUUUUUCGGUAUCGUGAAAAAUAUACAGGUGGAACUUCACAGGCUGUAAAAGCUCUAGCUUAUUCAGUUGAAGAAAAACGUUUUCGUUCUAGACAGAAGGCUUUGGCCGGUGAUAAUUAUGGUUAUAUCGAUGUACAACCAUCAUCCAAUUAUUUCGCCUCCACAAACACCCAAUUUUGUCCAGCUCAAUGCCAGUGCAAUCUUUAUCAACCAGUCUCCAGACAUCGACCAAUGGCUCAGUCAAAUGGCAUGUGCUGUGUACCUGAGCAUCAUCAACAGCAACAACAAUCUUCAAGAACUGCAUCAAAUUUAGUUUACAGCAACAUGGCCUAUCCUGCUCAGCAUCACUACCAACACAAUCAUCAUCAUGGAGGUAUUUUAAACGACAGUGGAGGUGUACCAAUGUCACAGAUGUCUCACUCAAGAAGUUUAGAACAUUACACUGAACCAGCCAAUCAUCAUCAUAGCAUUUUGCCACAUCGACAUUCAUUCGAUCAUCAACAACAAGGCUGCACAGGACAACAUCACCAGCAGCAGCCACACCAACCACAGCAUUACUAUCAACAUCUUAAUCAGCAGCAACAAAAUUUAUAUGAAUCACCCUACGAUUGUAUUGAUGGCAAUUCAAUGGGUGGUGGUAGUAGCACUAUUUCCUAUGCUGCUGUUGCCGCUAACGCUGUAGCUGGAACAGCUGCAUCGGGUGUUGGAGGGGGUGGUGGCAUUAGUUGCAAUCUUAACUCUAACUCAACGUAUUCUCAUCCUUAUAAUGUUUCCGGUAAUCGUUUUCCCUUGCCACUAAAUAUUUCUAAUCAAUUAUCUGCUUAUGAUAAUAUUCAAUCCUCCAAUUACGUGGUUCCUCAAGAACCUACAUAUGCCCAUAUUGCAGAUCAACACAUGUAUUCCUCAGUCUCGAAAUUACCCCAGAAUUGUAUGUUAAAUUCAGCCAGUUACAAUCAAACGAACCAUAUUCAUGGCGUGCAAAAUCCAUCCUUAGCCAAAGAUUCCCUUCAGAGACAACGUUCUUAUCAGCAGGAACAACUAAUUAAUUUCGAAGAUCCUUCAAUAAUGCCACCUACCACACCACAACAAUUUGAUCCGCUCAAUCAAUAUCGCCAUGGUUAUGAACCAUCGAAUCAUCUAAUGGAUAAACGUUACAAUAUGGGCAAUAUUAUGGAGAGUCCCCUUGCUCCGCCUCCCGCUUCGUCUUGCCAGCAGCAACAGCAUUAUGUUACCGGCAAACCUACCGCUAUAAAUGACGAUAUGUAUGUGUAUGCUAAACCAACGCCGAGGGAAAAUCGCAAACCUCUACAGAAUGCAAUAAAUGUACGAAAAUCUUCAUACAACUCCGCAGAUCGGGGCGAUACAACAGAUAUAAGUUAUGAAUCAGCUAACGAUGAUUUCAUCAACUUGCCGCCACAAGAGAACGAACGCAAUCACUUGCGUUCUCCUACACAGUUUACAAAGAAUCAAGAGGGUGUAGGUUCGUUUGAAUCAUGGAAUUAUGUUUUUCAAAAUUUAGAAAGAUCAGGCUACUCAAAAGAUCUGGGUGAACGGGAAGACUUUUUAGUUAAAUCUUUAGAUUUGGACUCGCUUAAUAUUAAUAACGAUACCUCGCCCAGUCAGAGCAGUUCGGCUGAGAAGAGAAGAUCUAAUUAUGCAGGAAAUGAUAAUAAAACUACAAUACAACAGCAGCACCAACAGCAACAGCCGCAAUUGGAACCUAAACAAAAAAGCAGAACUUUUGAGAAUUCGAAAUAUUCAUCGAAAAAUAAUACGAAAAUGGAAAUCACAGCUUCUGCUUCCUCCUCAAUAAACGGUGGUCAAAAGCAGAAAAUUUCAAUGGACAAUAAUACAAAGAAAAUAAAAUCGGCCCUUAAACAAACCAAUGAAACCUCAAAAUCCAAUACCAACAACAUUAAUCCAAAUCAUCAUCCCAAUAAAACACAACCAAAAAUUAAUGACAAUAAAACACCACCCAAGACAAUGAACAAUAACAAUAAUGACUCUCUAACAAAUACGGCAAAUGGCAGUACACAGCGCAAAAAAUCCUCAACGUCAACGACAACAAGGAAAACAUCAGCAUCUGUUGGUUCAACAAGCGCACCUCCUAAUGCAACCCAAAUUAUUGUUACUAGUCCCUCCGAAUGGAGUUGUAGUUUUUGUACCUUCCUUAAUCCCAAUACAAAGCGUAUUUGCGAAAUGUGCUGUCGCUCUAAAGACUUUAAUUUGGAUUCAUCCACAACUUCCACUGCUGCAGGAGGAGGAGGAGGCACUAGCGUGGCUCACAAUACCACAACAUGUGCUUAAAAUUGCAUGAACUAAAGAAAACCUAAAGAAAUAUUUCAUAAAAACGUACCUGCAUUGGAUGAUUUCUCUUAUUUAAGUUUGUUCUGUGGAAAACAAAAUAUUAAGGUUUCCUUUUAUUCACUCUCUUUCACUUCUCAUCAUUAUAUAAUAAUCAAUCUACUUACUACCUAUAUUUUUAAUAAUUUUUAUUUUAUUAACUACAAAAGAUCUAAAAGAUCCCAGACUUAGCUAUUAUAUCCUAAUAUAAACAAAAUAAAACAAGAAAAAUUCAACAAUAUGAAAACAAAAAUGGACUGAAGAAUUUAAAACAUGUUAGUUGUACGUGUAUGUUAGUCAAAUUGUAAACAUUUAUUUGUGGCAAUCGUCUUUCUAAUAAUACAACCUAAAUAAUACAUAAAAUUUGAUAAUUAAUUAUAAAAUGCAAUAUACUAUAUAAUCUUACUUGCAUACUUGCAAUUAUGUAUGUAAUACAUAAUAGGCUUUAUAAUUAUAAAAAAGAAAAGAAAAAGAAUACUUAAAAUGAAAUAAAAAACAAUAUUUAAUCACAACUUAUUUUUAUGAUUCAUUUGUUUAAUAUGUUACUUGUUAAGGAUUUUUCAUAUAAAUAUUGGGCAAGUUUUGUUUUUAAAUUUGAAUUCUCAGUUGAAUAUGGUCGAAAAGAGCAAGAUUAGCUCAGCGUUGUGAUUUCAAAAACUUUUUUCGAAUCAUUAUAUGGUAUUAGCGGCCAUAUUCUCUCCCCAUUUUGAUUUGUUUUAUAUAUUUUAUUUUUAUUAAAAAUUGCAUUUUUAUUUCGAAUUUAUUUUUUCACAUAAUAAAUAUAUGACAUUAAUAUAAUAAUCUUAAAUCCUUGAACUUUAGAAAUAAGCAAAAACGAGUAUAAAUUUAAUAACUACACAUAAGUUUCCAAAAUGUGCCUCCCCCUUAAAAAAUAACAACAUUUGAGUUUUAUAAUUUAUGAAAGAAAAUACAUAUUUAUUGCCAUUCACAUUAAAGUUAAACAAAAAAAAACUUUGGAAAUAUUCCCUUGAAGAUCUUCAGGUUAGGUUUAAUAGUUCAUCAUAAGGGACGAAAUUGUACUUUCCUGAAUUGUUAAGGCAAGAUUUCAUUUAUUUGUCUCAAAACUUAAAUACCUUUUCGUCCUUUAGGAUCUACUGUCAAAUCCACCCUUAAAUGAGUUUUUAUACUUUAAUUUCACAAAAAAAAAAUAGUUCAAACUAAAAACUGUAUAAACUUUUCCAUUCGGAUUUUUUUGUUAAGUUUCAACAUUAAAAAAAAAAAAUAAUUCGAAAUUCAGUUCUAAAUGUAAAAUUCUGCAUUUCAAAACGAUUCGCAAAGUAUUUUCUAUUUACGUAAAUCCUUUUAAAAUGAAAUGUAUUUAUUAUUAUUAAUUUUAUUUAGAAAAUAUUACAAGACCUUGUAAAAAAGCAAAGGGGAAUAGGACUGCUUCAAAAAUUUCAAAUAACCAUGACGCAUGGGACCUUAAUUUUGAAUAUUUAUUAUUUCAGAUUUUGUAACAAUUUCUUAUUAAAUUUUUGUUAUACCCUACAUCACUAUAGCGGGAAGAGUAUCAUCCGUUAGUGCUGAUGUUUGUAACACCAAAAUUAGGUGUAUCAAUCGGCUCAGAAUUACAUUCUGAUACGAUUAAACUAUACCGGUCCGUCUGUGUGCCAAACGAAAUUUUCAAUAUAAUUCGAUGAAAUUUGUCCUUGGCCUAAGCACGAAGCAAAUGUUUAAAAUCGGUCCAUUAUUUCACUGCUGCAAUAUUACUGCAGACUUUCGUAAUGAUCGGACCUCUUUUGACUUUGUUCCCAUACAAAGUUCUCUUCAAAGAAUUACUUGUAGGUCAAUAAUUCACUUAUAAACACUAGUAUCACGAUAAAAUUCUACAUAAAUAACUUAAAACUCUGUACCAACAUUUAUAGGGAUAGACCCACAGUAAUGCCAGUAUAAACAUUAUUUUAGAAAAUCACAACAAAUUGUCGGAAUUAAGACAAAAAACAACAUAAAUACGUUAUUAUUAAAAAUAAUCAACAUUUAUAACAUACUACUCACUGAUGUAGGGUACCAUAUGUUCGACCAUGUCCGACUAUACAUUCUUACUUGUUUUUUGAAUCAGAUCAAUAGCUAAUUCCUUCGUCAAUCUCUAAAUUAUCUAAGAAAUGAUAAAUGAUCCUUAGCACUUAUAUUCUCAGAGUCAAAGUUCCUAUCAAUUCGAAGAACAUUUUAAUUUCGAAGUUACUUUAAUAAUGGCACAAACCGCACUAUGAACAAUAUUUCUCCUUUUACAUGCUUUAUGUAUAGUAGAGGGAACAAACUCCAAGGGAGUCUAUUAUUCAGAAUAGGCCUGUAUGUAUGUAGAUUUUUGAUGAUUGACUUGAUUAAAUGAAGAAAAUUUGCACUCCACUACAUUGCACGUCGGAAUAAGAGGUAGCAAAAGUUUGAAGCAGUCCAAUACCGAUAUUUUAUAAAUGUACAACUAUAGAGGUUUACAGAUAGAAUAUCUGAGAUGUCAAACAAGGUCUUAAAACGUUUUUUAAUGUCUUUUCUUUAAAAUAUUAUGAUUAUCUUUUCUAACAAAUCUAUCACUAUCCUAAAUGAACAUUUAUACAAAACUCUACAAGAAUCCUAUAGAAAAAUAAUGAAACUUGUCGUAAUGCAACAAAUAUAUUAAAAUUAUAUAUUUAUCUUAAAAAUAUAUACUAUAAAUUAACUGAAAAAAUAAACAUAAUUAAUGUUAAACACAAAGAAACAAAACUUAAAGUUAUUAAACUAAACUAUGAGCUCCCAGAAGAAAU